UUUGUAACUUCAAUGUUUCAUUUUGGUUAAUUCAUUGAGUAAAUCGAAAUGAUUCCAAUCUUAUUAAAUUUGUUUACUUUUAUAUUUCUCUCAAACUUUUAUAUACUCCAAAUAUCUACUGAAUCUCUUCACGAUUUUCCUUGGUCAGUGGAUAAAGGAAAUUGGAUAAUAACUGCAAAGUUAAUUUCGUCUAGUGAUGAAGUUUACGAUAUUCGAGAGUACGUUCAUUCAAGUGAAGUUGUUCGCGGUAAAAUUACAAUAUCAUCAGGAAAUGAUAAGUUGGAUAUUUUUUAUUCCAGUGAAUUCGAAAACGAUAGAUUAGUUAUUCAGAACCAACAAUGUACUAAAUUUACUUUCAAAAAUCAAUGGGACAACUUUCUUUUUAACAUCGAUUCGAAAAAGCCUCUUCUUAAUCAUGUACUGUUGACGGGACCUUCGAUUCUGUUCAGGAUCAAUGGAAAGAGUUUAAAUUGGAGAAAAGGAGGAGAUACAAAUAUAAGAGGAUUUCCAGUCCAUUCUGCAAAGACAACGUUCAAUAGAAAUCUUGAUAUUAUUUAUUAUUACAAAACCCAUUUAGAUUCUCCUGGAAUUUUACAAGCGAGUCGAUUACAGUUCGAGGGUAUGGAUUCGUCUCUUCAGCUCGUAACUUUCAGAGAAAAUGUUAACUUGGAUAUUUAUUCAAUUACUAAAACACAAGAAGAGCUUGAUAAGUUUGUUACGGUUACACCAGGAAUCGGUUGUCCUUUGCACCUGAUAACAUCAAAAUCUCAUGACUGGUUUCAGAUACCAGGAAUGUCUUGGUUAGUUAAUUAUCAUUUCGUUGCAACAACAACUGUUUAUGGGCCAAAAAAAUCAAAAACGUUGAGUGAGAUGUUCGUUAACAGUGAAUAUCUAACCACAAGUUUGAAGACAAUAGAACAAGGAAUUAUAACGGAAUCUCUGUACGAUUAUAAUUUGGGAACUGUACAUGUAUCUCUGAGUAAAGGUCGUUGUUUGAACUCUGGUGUUGGUCCGAAUAGUCCAGGAAUAAGUACUUACGGAACAUUCAGUUCUGCUGGUUUUCUCAAUUACGAUUAUGUCUAUGAAUACUCGUAUCUCGGUAAAGAAUCGGAUACGAAACUUAUGUUUGGGAAAGAGUUGAUUACGAUUAUAAAUUUGAGGAGAAAAUAUGAUAAAUUCGUUACCAGUCAUUAUUUUGUUUCGUCAGCUGAUGCAAAGUUAUUCAAAGGUUUUAUUCUGGUCAAAACUAAAACAAACAAUUAUAAAAAAGUAAAUAACAGUACAUAUCAAUUUAUCGAAUCCAUUACAAAAGAUUAUUAUGGAUUAGAGGCUGAAUCCGAAGUGGAAUUAUCAUUACGUUUCAGUGAUUGUUACCCUGAUUCUACAGAUAGAAAGACUUUCGAAAUUUAUUUCACUUGUAAAGAAGCAGCAGAUUUGGACUGCGUGAAAUAUGCGGAAAAUCAUUUUAACGAGUUUAUCGCCAAUGCCAAGAAGGCUUUGGCGGGGAAAAAUAUUUCUUCUGGAAGAAUUGUCAAUAUUGAUCUCUCUUUUAAAGAUCGAGAUAUCAUAGUAUCAGUCACCUUUUUGAAAAUUCCCAAUAUUGAAGAUAGUGUAUUCAAAGAAAGAAUAAAAUUGUCCAAGAAUACGAUUUCAAGUUCAUCUCAAGUAUCUGCAGAAUCAGUUGGAGAGUGUCUCCAUAAACAAGCUGGAUUCUAUUUAGCCAAAGAAGUUAUUAUAUUUUGUGAUGCCGAAGAUACAAGGUCCAAUAUUUGUGGUAGGCUUCAAUCUGCAGAGAAAGUUGUCCAAGAGAAUGCUGGUACAAUUUGCGAUGUAUAUUAUCCAGUGAAUAGUUUUUUUCUAUUCAAAAAAGAAAUCGAUCUCGAAAAUUGGAAGAUCAUAUUCGUCGUCAGACAUUACGCAUCUACUUUACCGGUGGUGUACACACACAUACUAUAGUGUAUGAGAAAACAAAAGUCAUUGACGUAACUUAUGAGUUAGAUAAAAAUAGAGACUCUUUCGUAUUGGUGGCGACUGACAAGAAACUGAUUGAUUCUAAUGGUGAUGUUAUAUCGGCCAAAGAAGUUUCCAAUCUUGGGGAUUGUUAUCGUACUUGUGCUCAUGAUAAUGUCAAUCUUUGUGAGACUUUCGUUUAUUGUCAGUAUACAGAUAAAUCUUCUUGUUAUACAUCAAAUAUUAUCCAUGCUAAUUUAUCCUCGCGAACGACAGAAGAUGAAUCUUGUAAAAUUUACUCAAAGAACCGACUAUUAGAUUACAUUAAGAUAUCUUCAAGAGAAUUUAAAAAAUCGCUUAGCAUCGCUAUUGAUGUACCACUCGAUGAUUGUGCUUCAAUGUGUAGUUCAUCUGAUGAGUGUUUCUCAUUCCAACAAUGUGAUGGUUCUUGUACUUUGAGUGGCUAUUAUACUGAUUCGAUAUCACAGGAAAGUAGCAAUUGCGAUAUUUAUAUUCCGAAAGUUUCAGAACUAUUUAAAUCCACUGGCCG